CGGCCGGCCCGGCUCCGAGCCGGGGUCUGGAGGAGAGGAGAGCUGCAACCCAGCACAGAUGCCUUGCUGGUUUCCUGAGGGUGCUUUGGAGAUUCGGGUCAAGGCAUAAGGCCUGCGGCCUUCCAAUGCUGCUCUGGGCCGGGAUGGAAGUCUAAAUAAAUGCCUCACCGGAAAGAGAAAUCGAGCGGGUCCUCAGAUCACAGUCACGGCCGGGCCGGCACCGUGGAGGAAGGAAAUAUGUCCCGAUUGUCACUCACCCGGUCCCCCGUGUCUCCUUUGGCCGCCCAAGGGAUCCCGUUACCAGCUCAGCUCACCAAGUCCAAUGCUCCUGUCCACAUCGAUGUGGGCGGCCACAUGUACACCAGCAGCCUGGCCACGCUCACCAAGUACCCCGACUCCAGAAUAAGCCGUCUCUUCAAUGGUACGGAACCCAUCGUCUUGGACAGUUUGAAGCAACAUUAUUUCAUCGAUCGGGAUGGGGAAAUUUUCCGCUACAUCCUGAGUUUCUUGCGGACAUCCAAAUUACUGCUACCUGAUGACUUUAAGGACUUCAGUCUGCUGUACGAGGAAGCCCGGUUUUACCAGCUGCAGCCCAUGGUGCGGGAAUUGGAGCGCUGGCAGCAGGAGCAGGAACAGCGGCGCCGGAGCCGGGCAUGUGACUGUCUCGUGGUGCGUGUCACCCCGGACCUGGGGGAGCGGAUCGCGCUCAGUGGAGAGAAGGCCCUCAUCGAGGAAGUCUUCCCCGAGACCGGAGAUGUCAUGUGUAAUUCCGUCAAUGCCGGCUGGAACCAGGACCCCACGCACGUCAUCCGAUUCCCACUCAACGGCUACUGCAGGCUCAACUCGGUGCAGGUCCUGGAAAGGCUGUUCCAGAAGGGGUUCAGUGUGGCCGCGUCCUGUGGGGGUGGCGUGGAUUCCUCGCAGUUCAGCGAGUAUGUACUUUGCCGAGAGGAUCGGCCCCCCCACCCCAUCUCCACGGCUGUCAGGAUAAAGCAGGAGCCUCUGGACUAGGCCCCGCAUUGGUGCCCACCUGACGCCACCCCCCACCUUAGCCCUGGGGAAUCGACGACCCCACACACACCCCCAGGGACCUGGAAGCAGUGGGGGAGCUGCCCAGUCCCGCCUCUGCACCCUCAGCAGUGGGCGGGAGACAGGGUAGGGGCUGCAGUGUGGCCUGCCAGCCCCAGGGAGCCACGACACGGUGUCGCCGUGACAACAGAACCGGAUGCUGGCCCCCGGAGGCUCGCCUGCUGAAGGACUCGUCACACCACCCGAGAAGCUGCGGCUGGAAUUCUGGCUGCCAGCUCCCCGCCCCCCACGGCCUUUUUCCCAGCAUCCUCUGCGGCUGGAGGACCACCGAGGCAUUCACCCCUCCCCCUCCAGCCCAUCCAGAGCAGCUAUUUAUCCACACACACACACACACACACAUGCGCACACACACGCACACACACAUGCGCGCACACACACACACACACACAUAUACACACUGGUGGAUGGACUCCGGCAUUGGAGUUAGCUUAUUUUUCUACAAUAUUUAAAACCGAGGCGCCUGUCACUGAGCCAGUCAGUGAGGUUGCCACACACCAACACUGCUUCGCUUGGUGCUGGGUUCUCUCCCAUCAGACCUGUCGGCAAGGCCGGCGUGGUAGAUGAGCUGCUGGGCACGCUGGCCCCUCUUCCCGCCGAGCUCGGGCUCUGGGGACCCACGUGAAGAGGGCAUGGCUGGGGAGAUGAAGCAGGACAGUUAAGGGCAAAGGGGAAAGGGACAAGGGAUCCGCUGGAUCUCUCCCCAUCUGCAUCUUGAACCUUUGCCAUCACCCAGGACCCAGUGACACUCCUGUCCCAGGGGCUUCCAAACCCAUCUUGAGUUCACACACAUCUGGAUCCUUGGCAAAGUCUCCCCCACAUCUGGGCCAGCACAGGGCUAUACUUUUACCUCAGGAAUGGGAACACCCCCCCACACACACCCCAGUUAUGAAGGGGCCCAGGUAUUCGUAGCAUUCCCUGGGGCCCCCACUCGGGGAGCUACCUCCAGCUCCAAUUUUUUUUUCAAACACAAUAGGUACCACCUAGAGUUUCCACUAAACUUAAGCCUGCCAGCAAGAUCUCACAUGCAGACUGACCGAGUGCUCUUGUGACGCCGGGUCCCAACAAGGAGUGGCCCUGAGGGGGUAUGGGGGGAGCAAGGGGAUCCCCACAGGUCUGCUGCCUCCCAGAUGACACACCCAGCAAUGAACACCCCACCUCCCCACCCCCAGCCUUGUCCUGUUUCUCUGUGCACUGGCUCCUGAGUUAGAGGAACUGUCGAGAAUCAGUGGGUGGGGUGCCGCCCACUGGCACCAUUCCGUGUAUAAUGCCUGUAGACUUGUAUAUGACCCCCUCCUUUAAUAUUGUAAAGAUGAUGUACAAUUGUUGUGAGUUUCAUGUCGACACAUUCCACUCUCCGUAGAUGCCAUAAAUUGAUACCAGAAAGCAAAAGACUGAAACUCCUCUGUCUCUUGGACAGAAAGCUAUGGCCGCAGUUCUGCCCCUUGAUAUUCUGCAGGAAAAGUCUGGGGAUAGGGGAGUAGAGGCUUUCUUGGUCCCUUCCAUUCAAAUUCAGGGACAAAACUGCCACUGUAGCUGGUAGAGAGAAGGGCGGGGUCCCAAACUUGGAAUUCUUUAUUAUAUUUAGGUAUUUCUUGGCUGUUGAUUCCAGAUGCAAACAGAAAGGGGAAGUGAAUGUUUCUGUGGACUUGUUCUGUGCUGAUAUUAGGGCUUGAACUCAGGGCCUCAAGCUCUCCUUUAACUUUUUUUUUUUUUGCCAGU